ACAGGAGGAAGUGACACGUCUCUGCUCGCGCUCUCAGAUUUCCUGAAGCCUCUCCGGUGACACGAGGAGCGCUGGUAGGACCCGAAUCUGAGCUGACCUCACCCCUGAUUCUGGAGCCCAAGCUUAUCUGGGUACCUACAGACACAAGACUGUGGAGUACUGGCAGUGGAUGUUUGGAAUCGAGAGGCGCCACUUGGACUGUGAGCCGUACGUGUGUCCCUAUACUGACCUACUGAGGUGACUGACUGUGGAUGCAGAGUGGAUGUGAAGAGCUCUGGGACUGUGAGCGUUGUGAACAGUGUGACUGAAUGUCUCUCCAGACAGAGUAUUUCCCCCCUGGGGACAAUCAGGUUUCCUCCUGCUGCUCUGCUGGGUGUUUAUAGGCAGCCGAGGGCUCAAAUUGAAGCCCUUAAAUGACGGGCAGCAACAGCAUGAGCAGCGGCUACUGCAGUCUGGACGAGGAGGGAGAAGACUUCACCUUCUUCACCGCAAAGACAAACUUCUUCCGCCAGCCCCCAAAGCUGGUUAAGCAGAAGGAGGUCGAAGAGGAGAGAGGGCCCAAGGCUCUGUCAGAGGAAGAAUUGCGGGCCAGAAUAGAGGACUACAACUCUACUGUCUCAGAGAAUGGCAUGAAACUGGGUGCUGAUGGUUUGUACACUGGCUUCAUUAAGGUCCACCUCAGACUAAGUCGACCAGUCACGGUGCUCGCUGUGGAGGGGACGGGAUUAGACGGCCAAGCGGAAAGACGCGGUCGGCCAAUGACGGUGUCAGAAGGCCAGGAGGGGGCGGGAGCAGGGUUCAGUGAGAAGCGGACGUCGUUCUACCUGCCCAGUGACUGUGCGAAGCAGAUCCACAUCAGUAGUACUACUACAGUCAGGGAGGUCAUACAGGGCCUGCUGAAGAAGUUUAUGGUGCAGGAUAACCCACGCAAGUUUGCUCUGUACAGACAGACAUACCGUGAUGGACAAGAUCUGUUCCAGAAGCUUCCUCUCGUGGAGUGUCCUCUCGCUCUGAGACUGGUGGUGGGUCCAGAUCCUGAGCUGCUCAGCUUCGUCCUCAAGGAGAACGAGACCGGAGAGGUAGAGUGGCAUGCAUUCUCGGCUCCUGAGCUGCAGAACUUCCUGGUGAUUCUGGAGAAGGAGGAGGCAGAGCGUGUGCGAUUGGUGGAGCAGAGAUUCGCAGUCUACCGACAGAGCUUGCAGAAGGCAUUACGGGAGGAUCAACCCUGACCCCUCACCCUUUACACCUCAUCUCUCACUGACCUUUCAACCCUCACCUUCUUUUGACCCAGGGAGAGACAGGAGCCCACUGAGGCUUAGGCUACUAUUCUCCCCUCAGGACACGGGCAGCCCCUCCCUCACUCCUCACAUCCCCUCUGGAGAAGAGAGGCGGGGUUGAGAAAGCACGGAAAGGGGAAAAGGGACUGUUUGAAGGACGAGUGGACAGGAUGCUGGAACAAAAGAAGUCUGUGUAUCCCUGCGAGUAAAAAGACACUGAACUGAAGGACCGUCUGACUUCGUUGGAGCUCGGAUAUCUCGGUUUGAUCUGACAAUCUGACCUGAUGGGUCUUCUAAUGUUACUUUGAAUCUCAGUUUGGUCUGAUAAUGUUUUGUAGAUUCUACUGCUGCUGCCGCUGCUACUGCAAGUGUUACUUACGCAUGAGUCUCACCUUGCUCUAUCUGCCCCGGUGCCCAUGCAUAAAGAUUUAGGACCAGAACAGACAUUACUAUUCAAAGCAACGCUCCAUGGUGGGUGGACCAUCUGGAAUGUUCCAUUACUUGAUGUUUAUUAUAUCAACUCUCAUGUUGUCCCUGCAUGCCUCCUGUCCAGGGCCGAGGGUAGGAUGGGGGGUUUUUAUGGUUGGAUUUGGAAGCAGGGUUGGUAUGGUGGGGUAAAGCUGUGUAGGGUUAGGGUGUGGAAAAAGGAACACCAGAAUCCAUUCUCAUCUUCAGACUCCUCUCAUAUCAGUCCCAGGGAUGUACAGCAGUAUUUCUCAUAGAACUGCUCUAUUGAGCUCAGAAGGCUACAGAAUCAUAAGAAGACUUGAACAUCUCUGUCCUAACUUCUUUAUCCAGCACUGAAAUGAACCCUCUAUCUCAGGCGGCUAACUUGCACUUAACCCUGCAUCUCCCUCUACCAGAGUAACCAUGCUAGUGUGGGAGGUCUUGUGCAGACAGACGUGUAUUUCAUAGGUAGAUGUUAUUCCCAUCUCUUCAGAUAUCCAUUUGUGUACCCUGACAGCAGUCACAUAUAUCUAUAUAUAGCAACAUACAAUAGGCCUUCUAUACCCAAUAGAUAUCCACCCUGUUAUUCAUUAACCCAUUCUACGUAAGCAUACAGUACGUAAACAAUCAACACAAGUAAGCAUUCCUUCACGGCUUGAACUGUCUGCUGGUGUUAUAAGCAUUUACAAACAGCUCAAUGGGAUGUUGAUGUUCUGAUUCUUCGUGAACUGUUCACCCUGUCAUCAGUAACCCCCGACCCCUAUCUCCUAACCUGGAAAUGGACAUUUCCUCUGAUGAGAGACUUGCCGUGCUGCUGGCUCUGUGUCUGUGUAGAGCGUAUGCAGCUGUAGCUACUGUUGUUAGAGGCCUGUUAGAGCCUGCCACUCUGUGCUGCUGUGACAGGCCCAUGAAGCCCUGCUACUGAUCCGACUGUUACAGGACUGAGUGAAUGAGAGGAACUGAUGCUUAAACACUGAUUGGAGGUCAAGGGUCAUACCGCGAGGAGGUACUCCUGGUCAGUUCAUGUGGUCAGGAAAAACUCCUGUCCGUAUUGUUCAUUGAGAAACACCCUUCUGUUGAUCACACCCAAGUGACUCCCCAGCGGUAGUGGGAUAUCUGACUGGAAAUAUGACUUAUUGUAGAAUAAACAAACUGAUUCUGGCCACAGGUCUGUAGAGUAUCCUAGUGAAGGGGCAUGAAAUUAGGCAUGAAAUUAGUGAUUAUUUUGUAGAAAUUGAAUUUUAUCGUACCAAUGAUGUUUAUCUGAGUGUGACGCAUACAGUGAGUUCAGAAAGUUUUCGUACCCCUUGACUUAUUCCACAUUUUGUUGUUACAGCCUGAAUUCAAAAUGGAUUCAAUAUUUUCGCUCAUCCAUCUACACACA